AUGGGUAAACUUGAUGGAAAAAUCGCUCUUGUUACUGGUGGUUCCGAGGGUAUUGGUUACGCCAUUGCACAACAAUUCAUCGCUGAAGGUGCCGAACAUGUGUUUAUUACUGGUCGUCGACAACAAAUGCUUGAUGAAGCCAUGAAAAAGAUCGGUAGUGCUAAUAUCACAGCAGUGCAAGGUGAUGUGUCAAAUAUGGACGAUCUCGACAAUCUGUUUGCUGUCAUUCAGAAAGACAAAGGUCGUCUGGACAUUGUUGUUGCUAAUGCAGGUAUUAGUCUACUCGCGCCGCUCGGUUCAAUUACCGAAGAACAAUUUGAGAACACGUUCAACAUCAAUGUGAAAGGCGUCUUAUUUACCGCACAGAAAGCUUUGCCACUAUUAGUCGAUGGUGGCUCCAUCAUUCUCAUGGGAUCUGUCUCUUCUGUCAAAGGUCAUCCAGCAGCGAGUAUUUACAGUGCAUCGAAGGCAUCUAUUCGUUCGUUUGCUCGAUGUUGGAGUGUCGACUUAAAAGUACGCAAGAUUCGAGUCAAUACAUUGAGUCCUGGAUCAGUCGAGACAACCAUGUUAAAAAGUGCAGCUAAUAGUGGUGUGGUCAAGCCAACUUUUCUCAAUGAUCUCAUCGGUACUGUGCCAAUGAAUCGAAUUGCUAGUGUCGAUGAAAUUUCUAAAGCUGCAGUUUUUCUUGCUUCGGAUGAUAGCAGUUAUGUGACAGGUAUCGAACUUUUUAUCGAUGGAGGUAGAGGACAAAUUUGA